AUGGAGGUCGCUGGGGUCGACGGCAGUGCAGCGACGGUGAGCAAGAAGCGCCCAAAGGGGGCGCCAGAGGAAAGGUUAUCUCUUUCUCCCUUUAUCUUUGGAGAUUGGAGAUUUCUACAGGCCAACAACAGAGAACUCAACACUCUUUAUGGAUAUCCUAACAAUGCCAUCAAGACAUCGAAAUAUAAUGUCUUUAACUUCCUGCCUCUGAACCUAUUUGAACAGUUCCAGAGACUUGCAAAUGCCUAUUUCCUCAUUUUGCUAUUUCUACAGUUGAUUCCUGAGAUUUCUGCUUUGGCAUGGUAUACAACAGUGAUACCACUAGUGAUGGUGCUGUCUAUAACAGGAGUGAAAGAUGCCAUCGAUGAUCUGAAAAGGCAUCAAAGUGACAAUCAAGUUAACAAUCGUUCUGUUCUGCUGCUGAUGAAUGGCAGGAUAGAAGAAGAAAAAUGGAAGAAUAUCCAAGUGGGAGAUAUAAUAAAACUAAAAAAUAAUGAGCAAGUUACGGCAGAUUUACUGUUACUCUCUAGCAGUGAACCAUUCAGUCUGACAUAUAUUGAAACAGCAGAGCUGGAUGGUGAAACCAACCUGAAAGUGAAGCAGGCCAACCCAGUUACCAAUGACAUGAAAGAUAACCUGGAGCUACUGUCUGCCUUUGAUGGAGAAGUGAAAUGUGAGCCUCCCAAUAACAAGUUGGAUAAGUUCUCAGGAAUACUAACCUAUAAGGGGGAAAAGUACUUCCUGGACCAAGACAAGCUGCUGCUCCGAGGCUGCAUCAUCAAGAAUACUGAUUGGUGCUAUGGCUUGGUAAUUUAUACUGGGCCAGACACCAAAUUAAUGCAGAAUAGUGGAAAGUCUACAUUUAAAAGGACACAUAUAGACCAUCUCUUGAAUGUUCUUGUCAUCUGGAUCUUCCUGUUGUUAAGUGCCAUGUGUUGUAUCCUAGCAAUUGGGCAUGGCAUUUGGCAAUACAACAAAGGCUACUACUUCCAGAUUUUUUUACCAUGGGAAGAUUAUGUCUCUUCAUCAUUUCUGUCUGCCACACUCAUUUUUUGGUCAUACUUCAUUGUUCUCAACACCAUGGUACCCAUUUCCCUCUAUGUCAGUAUUGAAAUAAUAAGACUAGGCAACAGUUACUAUAUCAACUGGGACCGGAAGAUGUUUUAUGCACCAAAGAACACCUCAGCACAGGCUCGUACUACCACCCUUAAUGAUGGGCUUGGCCAAGUCCAAUAUGUGUUCUCUGACAAAACAGGGACCCUGACUCAGAACAUCAUGAUUUUCAGCAAGUGUUCUAUCAAUGGAAAACGCUACGGUUACUGCCAUAACAGAAAUGGACAGAGUAUGCCAGUCUGUGAGGAAGACAAGGUUGAUUUCUCCUACAAUGAACUGGCAGACCCUAAAUUUUCAUUUUAUGACAAGACUUUGGUGGAAGCAGUAAAAAGUGGAGAUCACUGGGUGCACCUGUUUUUCCUCACCCUUUCGUUAUGUCACACUGUGAUGUCAGAAGAGAAAGUGGAAGGUAUGCUGGUGUACCAGGCUCAGUCACCAGAUGAAGGUGCCUUGGUCACUGCUGCCAGAAACUUUGGCUUUGUGUUCCGUUCCCGCACAUCUGAGACAAUCACCAUGGUCGAAAUGGGAGAAACCAAAGUUUACCAGCUGCUGGCUAUUUUGGACUUCAGCAAUGUGCGCAAGAGGAUGUCUGUAAUUGUGCGAACACCUGAAGAUCGGAUAAUGUUGUUCUGUAAGGGAGCAGAUACCAUCAUCAGUGAGCUUCUUCAUCCAUCCUCUACAUCACUUAAUGAAGAAACUAUGGAACAUUUAGAUGACUUUGCCAGUGAAGGCCUUCGCACCCUCAUGGUGACCUACCGAGAAUUGGACUAUGAGUAUUUCAGUACUUGGAACAAGAAGCACAAUGAAGCCUGCCUAUCUUUGGAGAACCGGGAGGGUAAAUUGUCCUUUGUCUAUGAUGAGAUUGAAAAAGACUUGAUGCUGUUAGGGGCCACAGCCAUAGAAGACAAGCUGCAAGAUGAAGUACCUGAGACAAUCAGCACUUUGAACAAAGCCAAAAUUAAAAUAUGGGUUUUGACUGGUGAUAAGCAAGAGACUGCUGUGAACAUUGCCUACUCCUGUAAUAUAUUCAAGGAUGAAAUGGAUGAGGUGUUCAUAGUAGAAGGCAAGAAUAGUGAGACAAUUCAGAAAGAACUCAGGUCAGCAAGGAACAAGAUAAAACCCGAGUCUCUUCUGGAAUCAGAUCCCAUAAACAUUCUCCUCACAAAGGAGCCCAAAACGCCCUUCAAAAUACCUGAGGAGAAACCCAAUAGCAACUAUGGCUUGGUCAUCAAUGGCUACAGUCUGGCCUUUGCUCUAGAAGGGGACCUGGAGUUAGAACUACUACGAACAGCAUGCAUGUGCAAAGGGGUGGUCUGCUGCCGGAUGACACCCCUUCAGAAGGCCCAGGUGGUAGAGCUGGUGAAGAAGUACAAGACAGUGGUGACACUGGCCAUCGGAGAUGGGGCCAAUGAUGUCAGCAUGAUCAAAGCUGCCCAUAUUGGGGUUGCCAUCACCAGCCAAGAGGGGUUGCAAGCCAUGCUUAGCAGUGACUUCGCCUUCUCCCAGUUCCACUACCUUCGGCGUCUACUCUUGGUCCAUGGUCGCUGGUCUUAUAAUCGCAUGUGCAAGUUUCUCAACUACUUCUUUUACAAGAACUUUACUUUCACUCUGGUGCACUUCUGGUAUGCCUUCUACAAUGGAUUCUCUGCACAGACAGUUUUUGAUAUCUGGUUUAUCGCCUGCUACAAUCUGAUCUACACCUCCCUCCCUGUCCUGUGCAUGAGUCUACUUGAUCAGGAUGUGAAUGAAACAUGGAGUCUACAUUUUCCAGAGCUGUAUGAGCCAGGCCAGCACAACCUGUAUUUCAACAAGAAGGAAUUUAUGAAGUGUUUAAUGCAUGGGAUCUACAGUUCUUUUGUGCUGUUCUUUAUCCCGAUGGGGACCAUUUACAACGCAGAGCGCAAAGAUGGGAAGGACAUCUCUGACUACCAAUCCUUCUCCUUGAUAGUGCAGACUUCCUUGAUCUGUGUGGUCACAAUACAGAUUGCCCUGAAGAUAACCUACUGGACAAUGAUAAUCCACUUCUUCGUCUGGGGUAGCCUGAGUGUCUACUUUUGCAUUUUAUUCUUCCUGUACAGUGAUGGCUUGUGUCUAAUGUUCCCCAGCAUCUUCCAUUUUCUAGGUGUGGCCAGGAACACUUUAUACCAGCCACAAAUGUGGCUCUGUGUUAUCCUCUGUGUGACCUUCUGUAUCAUUCCUGUGAUUGGGUACAAAUUUCUCAGACCACUAUUGUGGCCUCUCAGUGUGGACAAGGUUUAUGGCAAAAUUCAUCAUUUCAUGAAACAUCCACUGCCACCCCCAAUCCGGGUCAGAAUGAAACACUCAAGCCUUCGACGUUCUGCCUAUGCAUUCUCCCAUAAAUCGGGCUUUGGUGCCCUCAUCACUUCUGGCAAGACAGAGAAGUUCAAUAGAAAUUUUUCUGGGGGGCCGGGCGUCACCAACCGCUCCGGAAAGGAGGGGGGCGCCGGGGCGCGCCGCCGGCCUCGAGACCCCGGGAGCACGCGAAACGCCGCCGCCAACGCCGCCAACGCCGCCGCCCGCGCGGAAGGACGAGGCUGCGGCGAGAGCGAGGCCCUCCGGCAGCCCACGGACCCAGUCCUCGCCCACCUUCCCGCCCUAGGCCCUGUGCCCAUCGGCGCCACCCUCCCGGCCCGCUCCCGACAGACCCUCGGACGAGCUGGCGUGAGCCCCACCGGACGCUCCGACCCCGAGCACCGUCCAGCCCUGCGGGGGCCUCUCCCGAUCCGCCCUCCGUGGUCUCCUCCCACGGUCCUCUCGAGACCGCCACCUCCCUAUAACCGAUCCGCGCCCCGUAGUCAUCCUGGUUCCCAAAUCCGUGACCGUCCUGCGGCGGCGCGGGCUGGGUUCCCUAGGCGGCGACCGCAGCGGGGCCUCGGCACCGCCGAUUCAUCUGGGGAAAACCUUGAGCUGGCGGUUUGCCGGUCCCCUGCCGCAUUCACCUGCCGCGAAGGGCACCGCGAUCCCGAUGGCCAAGGCUAG